AAUCAUCCGCAGCACAGAUGACCCAUUGUUAUUUUUAUGCGUAUGAAAUGUCGUGUGUGUGCGUGCGAAGUCAGUGAAAUGGGUGUGUCACUGCUUGAGAGUUGGGAGCUCUGAUUAUAAUAUUUUACGCUGUUCUGCUGUUAUUUAUUUUUCAAAGGUUCUGUUGGUCUUUACUCAUUGGUUGCUUGGCAGGAACAAGGCCGAAGAGAAGACCGCUGUCCGGGGAUCGAACCUGCGACAGACGCGCUAAAGGACUACAGGUUCGUCGUAUUAGGAGCGUCUCCGCGUUACACCCCUACUACCUGGAUCCGUGAAAGUUUCGGUUUCACUUACGUUUCCCCGGAAACGUUCGCCUUACAGAAGUAAAACAAAGUCCCGUAUAUCCUCGCAACUGCCGCGCUCCUUCACGUCCACUUGCAGAGGUCAUCAUGGAGAAGAAAGCUGAAGACAGUUUGGCCUUUAGGUUUGGAUGUCCCACCACCACUACUACUGCAGGUCUUACUAGCUUGUUUGCAGCUCCAGUGACUUCAGCUGCACCCAGCUCCAGCGUCUUUGGAGCUGCAUUAGCUGCUGCGCCUCCGGCUUUUGGUUUGAGCUCAUUCAACAGCAGUAUUACAAGCCAAUCACAAAAUGACGGCACAAAAGAGAAAAAAAAGGGAAAACCUAUAGAAAUCCCAGUUUUUACAGGACUUCAAACAAAGUUGGAAACUCCAUGGAGAAAUGUGCAGUGGACUGAGGAGCAAAAGAAAAACUUGAUGAAGGCGGUGAGCUCCUACAGACUGAGCUGCAAGGAUGUGCCUCAUGCCCGCGUUCUUCUCCUCGGACCGAUUCGUUCUGGAAAGUCCAGCUUCAUCAGUUCGGUCCAGUCUGUGUUCAGUGGAAGAGUCACUAACCGUGCCAUGGUGGGCUUCUCCUUCAAUACUUCAUUCACUAAAAAGCUUCAGUCCUUCAACAUUCAUUCCCUGAAAGGGGAAGACAAUACUGGGCUGGUGCUGUGUGACAUGAUGGGCUUCGGGGACGGAGAGAUAACUGGGCUGACUCUACACGACAUCCUGUCAGUGAUUAAAGGCCAGGUUCCUGAAGGCCACAAGUUCAGUGCAGAUCAACCGGUCGGCCCAGAAACUGAGGGCUAUGUGAAGACGCCCAGCCUUGGUGACAAAAUCCACUGCGUAGCCUUUGUGCUGGACGCCUCGAAAAUAGCAUCCUACAGCAAAGGCUUCAGCUCUACGUUUAAGCAGCUCAGAGAGCACAUCAGCCAGCUCGGUGUUCACCAGGUGGCUCUGCUGACCCACGUUGACAAAAUUUGUCAAGAAACGGCCAACGAUGUGAGCCAGGUUUACAGAAGCCCGAGCGUUCGGGACACGAUGAACAGCGCUGGAGCCCUCCUGGGCAUGUCCACCUCCUACAUCGUCCCAGUGAAGAACUACUCUUCAGAGCUUGACCUGGAUGUGAAUGCAGACGUGCUGCUGCUCAGCGCUGUUGACCACAUCUUGCAUUAUGUCGACCUGUUUUUCCAGGACUACAUGCCACGACAAACGAGGCAGAAGUUUCUCUGAUUCCUGAGCUUUUGGAACACCUUCUUAAAAAUAAAAAUUUUCAUUAAGUGUUAACAUUAAUGACAAUCGUAAUCAUUAUGAAAGUUGUAAUAAUUUGGCUUUUUGAUAAAUAAAGCAUGUUUCAUUAAUAAAUAACUCAUAUUAAUGAAAAGUAAUUGUUUUGAAAGUGGUAAUAUAUUUUUUUUUGAUAAAUCACGCACUCUUCGUUAAUAAACAACUCAAACAAAA